GUAGAUGAAAAUGCAACUUCCUGUUAAGAAAGGGCCUUAACGCAAAGCUGAAGGGGAGAGUGUCUCUGGCACUGCUCUGCUGUCUCAAGACCCAAAAAAACAGCUUACGGAUUUUUUUUGAAGGUGAACACUCACCGGCAACAGGACCGACUGAUUAGACGCAUAAGAACACGACAUAUGGUGUCUUAGAAGAGGCGUUUGAACCCUUGGAUAUGGCGAGAUAUUUUGCACUAGGACCCUUGGUUUUGGUCCUAUGCUUGGUCCUAUGUACCACAGAAGACCCAAAUAAAUGUGAGUGUGAAUACAACCUUACGAUGAAAGGAGCUGGAGAAAAAGCUCACUUGGUGAAUAUCUAUGGCUCCCCUGACCAAACGUACACAGUCACGUUAAAGGAUAAGAACGGAGAGACUGUGAAGGAAACACCAUCUGAAACUAGUCCCGUUAAAAUUCUGUUUGAAUGGUUAAAACCAUGCACUAAUUACACUGUCAGUGUAAAUGGUUGCGAACCCAACGGAGGCCUGACUUUUACUUCCAGUGAAAAAGGAGAAACUGAUCCCAAUUUUUUUGUGACAAGUGUGACCGAUGAGAAAGUGUGUUUUAAAGGAAAUUUCAGUGAUGAAUGGAAUCUUACUGAUUGUGUUGAUAUAAAUGUGAACGACUCUUGCAAAGUCAUACCGAAGGACUUUAAAUUGGACACAUGUGACUACACAAUGAAGGUCCUUAUGCCCCCAGUCAAACCUAAAAUACGCUUCAAUACAACUAUUCCCUCUCAGUUCGAAUGGACUAAUAAACCAGAACAAUGUAAUGCUUCAUUUAAGAUCACUUGCGAUGGGAAGGAUACUUAUGGUUUAAACGAAUCAGUGUCAUUAUUACCUAACAAACGUUAUUCCUGCAUUGGAGAAUACAGUUAUGAGUAUCAACCCAUCAAGAGUGAUAGUCACCCCUUUAAAAUAAAAUGUGGUGAGUUGCUGAACAGGCAGGUUUGGUUCAAAGUUUGUAUCUUUGAAUGUUUUUAUCACCCCUUUAACUUGUCACAACAAUUAAUCAUUUCUACUCACGGGAAGCUGUACAAAAAACAAGACGAAUGGCACAGAAUUGCGUCUUUAAAUGUCCGAAAUACUGUAAACAGUAUUCAACCUAAGUUCAUCCUCAAAUACAUUCCUCCCUCAGACAACGACAAGGCUGUCAUUGGAAUCCUGACGUUUCUAAUUAUUGUGACAUCGAUUGCGCUGCUCUUCGUGCUGUUCAAAAUUUACCUUCUCAAACGAAAGCAGAAACCUGAAGAUGAAGAGAUUCUUCUUACACAACCCCUGCGUCCAGUUGAGCCCAUCUACGCAGACAACUUAAUCGAGGCUUACAGGACCAAGAUCGCAGAUGACAGUCGUCUGUUUAUGGAUGAGUUUCAGAGCAUUCCCCGAAUCUUCUCCAAUUACACCAUCAAAGAGGCAAAGAAGCAGGAAAACCACUCCAAGAACCGCUACGUUGAUAUUCUGCCUUAUGACUAUAAUCGUGUUUCUCUCUUAACUGGAGGAGAACGUGACUACAUCAAUGCCAGCUUUAUCGAGGGAUAUCGAGAGCCAAAGAAAUACAUUGCAGCCCAAGGACCCAAGGAUGAGACUAUUGAUGAUUUCUGGAGAAUGGUUUGGGAGCAAAAGUCAUCCAUUAUUGUCAUGGUCACCCGUUGUGAGGAAGGAAACAAGAUCAAAUGCGCUCAGUACUGGCCAUCUCUGGACAGAGAGACAGAGAUUUUCGAAGAUUUUGUCGUGAAAAUCCGAGCUGAGGAACACUGCCCUGAUUAUAUCAUUCGCUAUCUGGUCCUGGCCAAUAAGCGAGAGAAAGCCCCAGAAAGAGAGGUCACACAUAUCCAGUUCAUCAGCUGGCCUGACCACGGAGUGCCCGGAGAGCCCAGCCUGCUUCUGAAGCUCAGGAGAAGAGUCAACUCCUUCAAGAACUUCUUCAGCGGGCCUAUCGUGGUCCACUGCAGUGCAGGUGUUGGCCGCACAGGAACGUAUAUUGGCAUUGACGCAAUGAUUGAAAGUCUCGAGGCGGAGGGAAGAGCGGACAUCUAUGGAUUUGUAGCGAAACUACGUCGCCAGCGUUGCCUCAUGGUUCAAGUGGAGGCCCAGUACAUACUGAUCCACACCGGUCUGAUAGAGCACAACCAGUUUGGAGACACAGAGCUCUCAUUGUCUGAAUUCCACUCAGAGCUCAACACCCUCAGACAUAAAGAUGGAAGUGAACCCAGUUUGCUUGAAAUGGAGUUCCAGAGACUCCCCAAAUUUAAAAACUGGAGAACAUUCAACACAGGAAGCGGCGAGGACAACAAGAAGAAAAACCGCUACUCGUCUGUUAUCCCAUAUGACUUUAACCGAGUCCUGUUUAGACUGGACAUUGAGGGCAACCAGACCAGUGACCCUGAGGAUGAGGAAGAGUAUUCAUCAGAUGAGGAAGAAGAAUCUAAUGAAUACAUCAACGCUUCAUUCAUUAAUGGCUACUGGUGUCAUAAGAGUCUGAUCGCUGCACAGGGGCCUUUACCAAACACAACAGAGGAGUUCCUGCUCAUGCUGUAUCAGCAACAGACUAAAACACUGGUCAUGCUCACCGACUGCCAAGAGGACGGCAAGGAUUUUUGCAGUCAGUACUGGGGAGAUGAAAAGAAAGUGUUCGGAGAGAUGGAAAUUGAGGUGAAAAAGACAGAAAGCUUCCCAACGUACGUCAGACGGCACCUGGAAAUACAGUCCUCAAAGAAGAAAGAGACCUUGAAGGUGGAUCAGUACCAGUUCCUGAAAUGGAGAAGUGAACUUCCAGAGAACGCUCAGGAGUUAAUAGAGAUGAUGAAGAACAUCAGAGAGAACGGCAAUUAUGACAACAGCAAAAUGAACCGGAAUGUCCCUAUAGUGGUGCACUGCAACAACGGAUCGUCGCGCACCGGAAUCUUCUGUGCCUUAUGGAAUCUCAUGGACAACGCAUUGACAGAAAAGUUGGUGGACGUCUUCCAAGAGAUCAAAAACUUGCGCAAGGAGAGGCAGGGAAUGGUGGAAACAUUCGAGCAGUAUCAGUUCCUCUACGCGGCUAUAGAGGGCGCUUUCCCGGUGCAGAACGGCUCCGUAAAGACACCUACUGCAAACGACACCGCGCAGAUCGUCAACGAAACGACGGCGCUCCUCGUCGAGCCCAACAGCACUACCGGGGCUGAGGAGAAGAAGGCGAACGCGGAGGAGAGCAAAGCCCCGGAGGAGAGCAAAGGCCCGGACAGCAGUGAACAGCAAGCCUCGGAGAGCAGCACUGCAGCGGCUUCACCAGCAGAGGGAGACAGCGAGAAAAACACAACAACCGACGGCACCACCAACGGCCCUGCGGCCACCGUAGAGGUUUAAAGGCUCAAACGUUUUCUCUGCAUUUGACACCAAGUGUCUCAAAAAGAUAUUUUUUAACAAGUGGUUAUUAUUCUUUCGAUUUCUUGUUUUACAUUAGAGUUUGACUGUACAUUUGAGAAUUUAGGUCGGAUCAGACGGAUCCGUUACAACUUAAUUUUCUGCCUCAGGUU